AUGCCAUUAAAAUGUUCAGUAAUUUCUGGAACUCCUGAAUCCAAUAUUUUCUCGAUAUUUUUCAGAAACCAUUCGAAUAAUCAGUAUCUGGAUCGCCAUAUGGUGGUAACUGGUAACGGUGGAGUAGAUCCAACUAUCCUUCUAAUCGCUUUCUUAUAUAUCCCAUAUGAAUUUAACUUUAAACAUAUUGUUGUCAAUUUUGAAUAA